UGCCGACGACGACGACGAGGCAGAGACCGACAAAGACGAAGGCGCAAAUCUCGAUCUCCCUCGUACUCCAGAUCGAGAUCUCCAAGUUACGACAGCUCUUUAGAUCGCGCUAACUGGCGCCACAGUGAGUACUACAAUUCGGAUAUUUCGGUUUUUGGUCAGUUAUGCAAACAGGUUAGUGACCUAACGGUUUUUAUGAAUAAUUUUAUGCAACAAAAUGUGCAAAAUGUGGGGGUGUCGGAACAACAGACACGUGUGGUAUCCGAGCCCAGUACCUCGCAAGUACCCGACACUGCACCUCAAUUAGCCAGUGUGCCACAAUCUUGUACACCAGUUGAGGGAAAUGAUGACGAUUUUUCCUUCCAAUCUCUACAAACUACACUGAAGGACACUGGUAUAGGCAAAACUGACCAUGAACGAUUUGAGUUAAUUAAUUCUUUACAGCUUUUUGGGUCCCCUGAUUGGCUCAACAUAAAUUUCAUUGAAACUCAAAAGACUUAUUUAUCUAAACCUGGUUUUGUAGAAUUGGAAUCCAAUGAUGAUCUGAAACCUUUCGAUAAAAACAAAUUUCUACCCUCUUGUGAACGUACUUUAUCUGCAUUGUCUAACGCUGUAUUAUUACAAAGAAAUAUUUUACAACAGAAUGUUACUUCCUUACUUUCAUGGGUACGAGAACUUCAGGUAAUUAAUUACGAUGAAUUUUCUAGCAAAGUUAAGGAAUUAUUUAACGAAGAUAAAACAUACAAUAAAAUUUCCAACGACAUCAUGCAGAUUAUUUGUGGGAAAAGGGCGUCAAUAAUAAAUAAUCGAAGAAAUGAAUUAUUGAAGUCCGUUCAAAAUAAUUAUACAGUAGAAAAAUUCAAAAAGAUACCCCCAUCUUCUGAAUUUUUAUUUGAACCAGAACAAUUUUCUAAAUUGCUUGACAGAGAAGGUGGUCCAUCGAAAGUGCUUGCUAAACCACAACCGGCAAAACGAAAUUUGUCUUUUUCGUCUACAUCUAAAGGUCAGAUCAAAUUCCCUUUGAAAAACCAAUUCAUACAACCCUUUCGUACACCCAACACAGAGCCUUCAGGGAGUUCAAAACCUAGGGGGUUGGCGGCGUCUCGUGGAAAACGAAAGCACGAGCCUAGAAGGUCUCGCGAGGGUCGUCACAUCGAUUCCAAGAGACGCCGCUAUGAUUGACUCACAUCGCUUCGAAGCGGGUCGCCUACAACACUUUUAUCACAGGUGGGUGGCUCUAAGAGCUCCACCAGUUAUAUUGAAAAUGAUUUCCAAUCUUCGAAUACCAUUUAUAAGAAAGCCCCCUCUAUUGAUACCAGAUUUGGAUACUUACCAAACACCAGACUCUCCCCAAAUGGCUGCAGAAAUUCGGGCAAUGUUAGAUUUAAAGGUCUUAGAACUAGCGGAAGUAAGUCCCAGUUUUGUGUCACCGAUGUUUUUAAUUCAAAAAGCAGACCUUUCCUUCCGACCGAUUUUCAAUUUGAAAUAUCUAAACAAUUAUAUAACAAUAAAGAAAUUUUACCUUAUAUCUCAUUUCGAGAUUCCAAAUUUUCUGCAACCGGGAGACUGGAUGACGAAAGUCGAUAUGUCACAAGCGUAUUUUCACGUAAACGUCACGCCACCUCACCGACGUUUUCUAAGAUUAAUAUUCAGACAUGUACUUUACCAAAGGCUCUAGGAUGGAUUCUCAAUUUCAAAAAAUCUAUUACGAAUCCCACACAAAACAUCGAAUUCUUAGGAAUUCAAUGGAAUACCCUACAGAACGAAAAAUAUCUUCCUCCCAAGAAGAUAGUAAAACUACAAAAGGAGUUUCAGCGACUUCUUUUGAAGAAGACCUGCUCUCUCAGCGAAGCGAGGUCCGUUCUGGGGCGAUUAAAUUUUGCCAAUUACGUAGUGCCACAGGGUCGAUUACAUUGCCGCCACUUUCAACGUCACCUUCGCACGCUACGCAAGGGAAAGCAUCCAAGGCAGCAAUACAUGUUGCCGAAGGACGUCCUGUUGGAUCUACAGUGGUGGCGGCGUGCGGUAAGCGAUUUUUCUAUGAUUCAUUUACCACAGAUUACUCACUACCUAGUAACCGAUGCUUCCAAUUACGGUUGGGGAGCCCUACUAAACGACACGUGCCUUGCCGGGACGUGGGAACCUUACCAACAAACUUGGCACAGCAACCUCAAGGAGCUAGUAGCGAUCCAGAGAGCGAUAGAAUCAAAUACAGAGGGCUUACGCGGGGCCAGUUUGCUGAUUCAGUCAGACAAUGUAACGGCUCUCGCGUACUUAAGGAACGAAGGGGGCACGAAGUCAUCAAAAUUAAUGAGUCAAACCCGCCAGGUAUGUCAACUAAUUCAAGACUUACAGAUUGUAGUUACUUAUCAACAUCUACCAGGACGUUUCAACUGUGUGGCCGAUCGACUGUCUCGAGGCAAAUCGAUACCAGAGUGGCAUCUCCUACCAGAAGCGACACACAAAAUAUUUCAAAAAUUCGGUAUACCUCAGGUGGAUCUCUUCGCAUCAGCGCGAGCCCACGUAGUUCCCCAUUACGCGUCCCUAGACCCGAGGGACGAGGCCGCUCUAUUCCACAAUGCCUUCAGCAGGCGAUGGGAGUACCAACUAGCUUGGGUGUUUCCUCCUCCAUCACUCAUGCCUCGGGUUUUGACUCACCUAAACAAUUGCAGAGGCCAGUAUAUUGUAGUAGCCCCCCACUGGAUAAAGUCGUUUUGGAGACCAGAUCUACAGAACAGAGCCCUCAGCAGGCCAGUUCUAAUACACGACCUACAGAGAACUCUAAUAGACGUAACUACCAACCUACCGCUCCCCAAGGUAACCGAUUUGAUAUUGAAAGCUUGGCUGAUUGGAGCUGGGACACCUUACUGAAAAAUUGGACCCCAGCAGAGAAGGCCGUAUUGAUGAACGGUUGGCGGAAAUCUACUUUGAUGUCAUAUAAACCGGCCUGGAAUCGAUGGGUAAAGUGGUGUUUAAAAAACGAAGUUUCCAUUAUUACACCGCAAGCAAAAGACCUCGCCAAGUUCCUCGCAGAUCUUCAUAUUACAGAAAAGCUUGCCCCAUCAACCAUACAGUUACAUAAAUCUGUUGUUUCCACUAUUUGCGAACCGCAUUUGAAUAAAAAAUUAAGUCAAGACACAUUUGUGCGGCGAGUGUUAAAAUCUGUUUCAGUAGCACGCCCCAUUAAUAGGAAAGUCCCCAUUUGGGACCCGCAACAGGUUGUACAAUGGCUUCAAAACAAUGUGCCGAUUAAUAUUUCAUUUUUCGAAGCGUGUCGGCGUUGUGCUACAAUAUUAUUACUUACAUCGGGAAGGAGAGUUCAUGAUUUAACAUUGUUAUCCAUUUCACCAGGUCACAUACAAGAGGAUAAUACUAACAUUAUUUUGUGGCCAAUAUUUGGUUCGAAAACAGACACCGCACAACACCAACAAUCGGGAUGGAAACUUAGCCCUCAUGAUGUUCAAGCAAUUUGCCCUGUGUACUGGGUAAAAAAGGUCAUUGAACUAUCGAAAUCAAGAAGAGGCUCACUUCAACAACUAUUCCUCACGACUCGAGGAACGCCGAAGCCUGCCUCCAGGACGGUCAUUGGCGGUUGGGUAAGAACUGUUCUUAAAUCUGCAGGUAUAGACGCUACACCUGGCAGCAGUCGCUCUGCAGUUGCCUCUUACAACUGGUUAUGUAACGUCCCAUUAGACACCAUACUCGAGAAAGGUAACUGGAGACGGGCUUCGACCUUCCAUAAACAUUACUGUAGAAAAAUAAAUAAGACUAUUAGUGCUAAUAAUAACACAUCAAAUGUAUCAAAUUUAUUUAAUGCAAUUUAGAAUAU